CACAACCUGACAUCGAACUAGCGAUUAGAGAGAAUCAAGUGGAGAACUUACAGUCAACAACUAUCCGAAAUAUUAACCAUACGCUACUAGACUUCUAAGACGAAACAAGAUGAUCGCAACACACUACAUCGUAUUUUUUAUUGGGCUUGCCAUCCACCAUGCAGCCUGCUUGCCAUUUAUAACUAGAACCGAAGACAAACUGGUGGAAAAGCAAUGUGGGAAUCCAGCGGACAUUGUCUUUAUUCUCGAUUCCUCAAGCAGCAUCUGGGAAUACGACUUCUACACACAGUUAUCCUUCGUGCAAGAUGUCGUAAAAGGAUUCCACGUUAGUCAAGAACAAACAAGAAUUGGGGUAAUGACCUUUAGCAGCAAACCACAUCGCGUGUUCCACCUCAAUGAUGUCGAAUCAGAAGAAGAAGUCAGUGAAGCUAUUGAACGUAUUUCUCAACGAAUUGGGGGAACCUACACUGCCGAGGCUCUGCAGUUCGCCAGAACUGACAUGUUUAGCCCCAACAAUGGCGCCCGACCAGAUACCGCUCAAAUAGCUAUCGUCAUCACAGACGGACAAUCAUACGACCAAGAAUACACGGUAAGAGAGGCCAAGAAGCUACAGGAUGCCGGGGUCCAUGUCUUUGCUAUUGGAGUUGGCAAGAAUGUCGACAAACAAGAACUUGAAGCUAUCGGCAGUGAUCCAGAUGAUAAAUUCGUGUUCACGGUGAACAGCUAUGACGCUCUCCAGACCAUUCGUAAUCUGUUGGCCAUGAAAGCUUGCACUGUCGAAACUCCAGAUCCUGAAUGUGGUAGCCAAGGACCUACUGACGUCAUCUUCGCUUUCGGUGGAAAAGACGCAGAAGACGAUGAGAAACGAAACCGUGGUAUCGACUUUAUCAAAACGUUGGUUGAUGAUAUGAAGAUUGGAGAAGACGCUAUCAAGGUCGGGCUUGUUCCAAAGGAGUGCCAGGGUAUCGAGGGAUUUGAUCUCAACACCUUUAACGACAAGAAGGCCAUCGAGGAAAUGGUACAAGAGAGCAAGAGUGAAUCGUCAUCUACUUCAACAACUUUGAGAUUCAUGAGAGAGGUUAGCUUUAAACCAAAUGGUGGUGCUAGGAAACACGCCAAGAAGGUCGGCGUCAUCAUCAUCGAUGGUGAAACUGAUGAAAAAGAAAUUCGAAAGUCUAUAUUCGAGGCAAAAAAGAUGAAAGACGAACACGACGCUGAAAUCUUUGCCAUUGGAGUUGGACCAAACAUUGACCGAAAAAUGUUGAAACUGAUAACAGAAGAUGACGAGAAUGUGUUCAUGGCGGGAAGCUAUGCGGAGGCUGAGGAGAGAAAACAGGAAUUCCUGGACCAGUUGUGUGCAGAUCUAUAAAACUGUACAACAAAACAACUUCCAAGAAGCAUUCCAUUGGCUCCUCGGGUAUGAACAAACCGGUAAUCUCAGGCCAAAUACGACAUCGGGGUCUGCAUUUCCCGAACAUACACGAGGAUAGACGAAAAGAACGACUUCGCUGAGAUGAAUCUCUGUGACAAAAAUCCCAUGAACAUUCCUAUAUUGUGAAGCGAGAGAGAGACAUUCCGUUACGAUUAGACGACCAUUGGCAAACCUUAUUGAAUCGUGUCACUAUAUAUAUGCUUUUCACUUCACAAACUCUGAUAAUGAUUAUCAAGAGUGAUAAUAUAAUACUCAGACUUUUAAGACUUAAGGGAAAUGAUGCAAAUGCAAUAUGUGCCAAAGUGCCACUUGUUACUAUGACAGAUAACAAUAUAUUAAAAUCAGUAACAAGUGUCACACUUCAUAUUAUGUAUAUAACCUCAUCCACAUCACAUCAUUCAUUUGUAAAUACGUUUUCAUUAUUUAUAAUUUAUUUAUAUUUAUUGCUAUUUAUAUUUUAACCAUGACGACGCAUAAGAUCUGAUCUAUCAAUGUAUAAUUAAAACUCGGACAACCCAAUAUGAAAUAUUACUAAUACAUGACAUUGUUUUCCAAUAUAUUGUAUUUUCAAUCGACAUUGUUUUCCAAUAUGUAUUAUAAUUGUAAAACAUAUUUGUAUUGUACUCUAACUAUGACAUGACAUGUAAUGUCAAACAAAAUAACAAGACAAUCAAAUAUGACAUCUUACUAACACAUGACUUGCUUAUAAAACUACUAUGCAAAAUAGUUGUAAAACAUUUUUGUAUUGUACACUUAAGACGACAAUGUGUUUAUAAUGAACAUUAUAUUCCCAUUAACAUCAUGCUAAAAACGAGAGCACAUAGUUGCUCAAUCUUUGCUUUCCGACAUCUCAAAUUAUUGAGAAUUCAUUAACAGAACCCAAAACAUGAAUUUAUUUAUAAGUAUUUGAAUAAAGAAGACAUCAAUAUGUA